AUGAAGUCGUUUUACAUCCUUUCCAUCUUGCCCUGCCUCGGCAGCGGCGUCCUCGGCUUCCCGGCCUACGCCAACGAUGAGGCCCUCAACCACGAUGCCGCGUCCAGGCUCACCGGCAAGCUGGCCAGCGUCUUCCACGAGGCCCACAAGAAGCGGCUCCUCUUCGACCCGAUGACGACCCCGAUCGACGUGUCCGGCGACCACGAGUUCAUCGCGCCAGACUACCGGAACGGCGCCCAGCGCGGGCCCUGCCCCGGCCUCAACGCCCUCGCGAACCACGGCUACAUCAACCGCAAAGGCGUGACGAGCCUGACCGAGGUCGCCGGGGCCAUCAACCAGGUCUACGGCAUGGGCAUCGACAUCGCCACGCUCCUGGCCGUCAUGGGCACCGUCUUCGUCGGGAACCCGCUGUCGCUGAACCCGGGCUUCUCCAUCGGUGACGUUGCCGGCGCCGGCGGCGGCAACAUCCUCGGCAACGUCCUCGGCCUGCUCGGCACGCCGCGCGGGCUCAACGGGUCGCACAACAUCAUCGAGGGCGACUCGUCCAACACGCGCGCCGACCUGUACGUGACCGGCGACGCCUCGACCAUGGUCAUGGACCAGUUCCAGUCCUUCUACGACAUGGCGGGCGAGGGCGAGGGCGUCUACGACUUCGACCUCUUCGCCGACCGGGCCGCCAUCCGCUUCAACGAGACCAUCGCGACGAACCCCAACUUCUACUACGGUCCGUUCACCGGCAUGAUCGCCAGGAACGCGGGCUACUUCUUCGCGUGCCGCCUAUUGGCGAACUAUUCCUCCGAAAACCCCACCGGUCUUCUCAACAAGCAGACGCUCAAGAGCUUCUUUGCCGUGGAGGGCGAGGAGGGCAGCUUCACGUACAACCCCGGCUGGGAGAGGAUCCCGGAGAACUGGUACCGUACGCCCGUCGACUACGGCCUCGUCCAGCUCAACCUGGACCUCGUUGCUCUGAUCACCAAGUACCCUCAGAUGGGAAGCAUCGGAGGCAACAUGGGCAAGGUCAACAGCUUCGCCGGCGUGGACCUGAGCGACCUCACGGGCGGCGUCUUGAACCUGGCGAAGCUUCUGGAGGGCAACAACCUGCUGUGCUUCGUCUUCGAGGUCCUCAAGACGGCCUCGCCCAACUCGCUGUCCACCGUCUUCGCCAUCAUCGAGAAGCCCCUCGCCCUCGUCACCGACGCCCUCAGCGCGGCGGUCCUGAGCCUGGCCUGCCCGGCCUUCAAGGACAUGACGGUGGGCGGGAAGGGCCUCGACGAGGGCCUCAAGGCGCAGUACCCGGGUGCUCGGAUGUCUGAUUCGGUUCUCUGA